UGUAGGCUACUCGUGUGGGUUGUGCGUAUCACGAAAUGAAAUGAUAAUUAGGCUACUACACUAGAUCAUUUUAAUAUCAUUGCGAUAUCAUUAAAGCAACAGCGACAGAGUCCCUUGCGUUUCAUUCACUGAAUCUAAAAAGCUUUCUAUAUGGAAUAUGUCUGAUAUUCUUUCUGCUGGGGUUAUAAUCUGGCUGUUACUGCACACGGUCUCUCCUCUCCCCAUAUCCGAUGGCAAUAACAUUUAUUUUGAUGCUCAGAGGUGGCUCAUACUGUUUUCUCACUGCACUUUAAGCAAACAGAAUUGCCGAAAGGUUCAGGCGACUAAUGGGACUCUGGCACAGAGCUGGAUUGGUUAUCACCUCCUCUGAGACAGUGUCUGAGUGAGGAGGAAAAAACUCAUGGGAGAAAUCACAGCAUUUGUUUACCACUGUGUUUCUGCCUUAUCUCUUGUCUUUUAUACAGAGUUCCUGUCUACCUGCUGCUGAUCCGCUGUGGAGGAUUGAGACUGCUACAGCUGCACAUUUUAUCAUCACUUUUAUGAUCAGCGUCUGCCACUUCAAACAGGACCAGACUAAAGAGGACAGUGGCUGCUUUUGGCUGAUCAUAGUGCCAGCAGUCACGGAGUACCUGUAGACCAUGGCUCUGGCUGAGCUGCUCACUUGAAAGCAGCAUGAGAUAACUGAAGACUAACUUGCUAAUUGCUGAUUCAAGCUUUUCUCAGUUUGAAGCUAAUGAACAUGUUCCAGUGUGUCAGCUGACUGACAGGGCUGCAGUGCUGUUCGAGCCAGAGACAAGUACAGUCACCACACAGGAGAUGGCUCGACCAGGAUCAGGGUUGCUGGCGCCCGUCAAUGGGCUGGGGUACCCGCCUCAGAACCUGGCCAGGGUGGUGGUCUGGGAGUGGCUGAACGAACACGGGCGAUGGAGGCCCUACAGUGCAGCGGUUUGCCAUCAUAUUGAGAACGUAUUGAAAGGGGAUGCCCGGGGGAGUGUUGUUCUGGGGCAGGUGGAUGGACAGCUCUCCCCCUACGUCAUCGACCUGCAGUCCAUGCACCAGUUUCGACAGGACACAGGAACCAUGAGACCCGUGCAGAGGAACUUCUACGAGCCGUCGUCAGCCCCAGGGAAAGGCGUGGUCUGGGAGUGGGAGAAUGACAACGGCUCGUGGACGCCGUACGACAUGGAGAUCUGCGUGACCAUCCAGAAUGCUUAUGAGAAGCAGCACCCCUGGCUGGACCUGACCUCUCUGGGCUUCUGCUACCUCAUCGACUUCAACAGCAUGUCUCAGACCAACCGGCAGAGCCAGCGCAAGAGACGCCUGCGGAGACGGAUGGACCUGGCCUACCCACUCAUCAUGGGCUCCAUCCCCAAGUCACAAUCCUGGCCUGUGGGUGCCAGCUCGGGACAGCCGUGCUCCUGUCAGCAAUGCAUCCUGGUCAACAGUACAAGAGCGGCCUCUAAUGCUAUCCUGGCGUCUCAGCGGAGAAAAGUCUACGGAGGGACAGGGGGAAACUCUGGCGCUUCGGUAACCCUCACUGGGGUUCGGCAGAGCAACACCUUCGCUGGAACCUCCCUCUGGUCGCCAACAUCCGCCUCCUCCGGAACAAACAACAAUAACAUAAGUGUGGGAGGCGGGCACGCCAAAGCUGAACAGGUGCAGUCACCUCUCUCCUCUGCCAACUUCCCCUGCUCCCCCGUGAUGCCGUCUCUCUCAUCCGCCCAUGGCCACCACGCUCUCACCAUCAACGGACAGAACAACCUGAACCGGCCGGGCACACAGCGCAUUUCCAUGGGGACAGCCAGAGGAGCCAUCCCGCCAGGGGUUCCUGCACUCCCAGUAAAGAACCUGACAGGAUCUGGACCAGUGCACCCAGCAUUAGCAGGUAUGACAGGUAUCCUGAUGUGCGCUGCAGGUCUGCCGGUAUGCCUGACCAGGGCGCCCAAACCCAUACUGCACCCGCCACCCAUCAACAAAAGUGACAUGAAGCCUGUGCCAGGGAUCAACGGCAUGCGCCGCAAAACCAAGAAAAAGCACCUGAGGAGAGGGAAAAAUCCAGAGGAUGUAGUGCGGAGAUACACAGAUAAGAUUAAAGUGGCUCCAGAUGAGGACUGUACCAUCUGCAUGGAGAGGCUUGUCAUGUCAUCCGGCUACGAAGGCAUCCUGCAGCACAAAGGCAUCAAGCCAGAGCUGGUCGGCAAACUUGGCAAGUGUGGGCACAUGUACCAUCUGCUGUGCCUGGUGGCCAUGUACAACAAUGGCAAUAAGGAUGGCAGUCUUCAGUGUCCAACAUGUAAAACCAUCUACGGGGAGAAAACAGGCACACAGCCUCCUGGGAAGAUGGAGUACCACGUCAUCCCCCACUGCCUGCCCGGCUACCCUGACUCCAAAACCAUCCGCAUCGUCUACGACAUUCCUGCUGGGAUCCAGACCAACGAACACCCCAACCCGGGAAAGAAGUUUAGUGCCAGAGGGUUUCCUCGACACUGUUACCUGCCUGACAACGACAGAGGAAGGAAGGUCUUGAAGCUGCUGAUAAUGGCCUGGGACCGACGCCUCAUCUUCACCAUCGGCACGUCCAGCACCACGGGUGAGUCGGACACAGUGGUGUGGAACGAGAUCCACCACAAGACAGAAUUCGGCUCCAACCUGACCGGCCACGGCUACCCUGACCCCAACUACCUGGACAAUGUCCUGACAGAGCUGUCUGCGCAGGGAGUCGGCGAGGACAACCUGAAGGACUGAUCUUGUCCUUAUACAAAGGAACCACAACCAACCAUGCAUUGCUGUCUGCAAGAAGACAGUGACACUGCAUGAUAGGUCAAAAUGCAGCCAAGAUCUCUUUAUUAUCCUCAAACAAAAACACCCUGCAGAAGUGGUGGAGUAAGAGCAAUGGAAGCAAAAUAAAGGACAUGGCUCUAAUCCAUUUUUUGAUAACUAUAAAUCUCCCCCCUGCUGUCUACUGAUCCAUGCCUAGAGCAUGCUGUGUUCAUGCCAAAUUUUUUCACAGGGAAAACGGUGUUUAGAAAAGGUGAGAUUUCUAUCCUGAUGUCAUUUGUUGCAGGUUAUCGAUUCAAACCGAAGCUGUUCCUCUGAACUUGGAGUAAAUAACAAGGGGCCAAAACUUAAAAAAAAAAAAAAAAAAAGCAUAUUUAUAAAUGCUAAACUC